GAUUAGCAUUCAAACCAGCCUGGAAAUGUUUCCCCUUGCACACAUGCACCCCAUUCUCAGGUGCAAAGGGUGGGAUUGGAUCGUUGGAAUUAACCCUGUGUAGGAUAUGUGCUCCAAACCAUUUUCUUACUUCAUGUUAUUAUCUGGCACAUAAUCAUCACUGAAAAAGCCGCUUCCAGACUCACAAUAACCCAUUGCUGCUCUUUGCACAAACCCAUUACCCUUUUCUGGCUAUACAGCCAGGCUUAUUCCCCACCCCAUCUUUCACAGUAAAAACAUAUGCAGUUUGGUGCUGUGGUUGGCAGGGAACUGUGCACCCCUGGGGGCAGCUCAGGCAGCAAGCCAAGAAUGCUCUUGGGUAUGCUUUUUUCCUUGGCUUAUUUCCAGUGGUCCAUAUGCUGCUCAGCUGGAGCCUGGUCUGCCAGGGGCUGGGGCUGCUGGUCUUCUCUGCCAGCCUGCUUAAUUUCCUGCCCUGCCCUUGAGGAUAUGCAGCUCCACAGCUUGCAGACUGUCUGGAUAACAGCUAGUGUGUGCUGCAGGGCCUUGCUGAACAAACUGCCGGUUGCGGAGGUGCUGGCAAGCAGGGCCAAAGGCCUUGGCAAAUUGGUUGGUGUCUGCAGAACUGAGUUCCCAGCAAAGGAAACAUAAAAGGCCUGAGCCGAUGCCUGGGUCAAAUAAAUCAGAAUGGUUGCCCUAUGCGAGGCGUCCAAGAAGUAAGUAAUCGAGUGCUUCAUCAACUCUCUCCACCCAUAAAGCAGCAGUUGGAGCACAAAGUGCUUGUGCUGCCUACUUCCUCGGUUACUUAUUGGCAUGGUCUGUUUUUUCUUCUUGCUAAGGCUGCAUUUACUGAUAUGGCACUUCCCAGCAUCUUCAGUCUGUUUCUGCAGUGGUAGGCUGAAUACUUGGAAGGGCUUGCCAUGAAUCAGGGCCCACCUGAGGUUCAGAAGACAGUAUGGAGAGUGCUCAGCUUAUAGAUUUCUUUUUCCAAAGCUAGCAAUAGCCUCCCUGCAACAGACAGGUGGGGGAAACUGCCCUCCGUUUUCUGCUGUGUAGUCCCAAUUUUCCUGCAAAACAAAAACCAAACCCAUAGGAAAUAAAUGUUCUCAAUCCCAGGGAAAGGAUCUCCUAUGUACUAGAAGAAUUUGUUUAGUAGAGGACUAUCAGUCAUUUCAGCAAGCUUGCUGAUAAAGGAAAAUCUGUCCUGUUUUCAGAUGCCACACAAACUUCUUAAGUUUGUUGGAAGUUGGGGUCUCGUCCCCAUCCUCCUACCUUCUCCCUCUAAUUGGUAGGUGCCGUCACCUCCUUUUGGAGGGUCCUUGGAGGGAUUUAUGGGUGAAACGAUAGACUAUCGCAGUCACUACUGGCAAAAGGUCUUUGUUUAAUUCAUUCUUUCUUUCUUCAGUUUUGUAGCAGCGACCAAUGGCUAGACUGGUUGGAAGCCCAUUUUUGCUAGCUCACCAGUUCAGUCUUCAAAAUAAAGCAUAAAUAAACAAAAACAGAAGUGAGAGAGAUUGAGAAUUUGAAUUUAAAGAAAGGGUAGGUGAGAGAAAAGUUCCAAUCGGCUGGGUUUCUAGUCUCCAUCUGAUGAAGACUGGCCCUAUAAGUUCAGGCCAGUUUAAAACAGGACCAGACAUACACUGUAUGCCUCAGUUGCGACACCUUAAUGCAAGCAAUUGACAGAUUCCCCUUCUCUGUGAAAGCUGGAGAGAGUGCGAUUCUCCUAUUACGUCCCUGAAGGCCUCACCCACCAGCUUCUCUGAUUCUCAAGAGAAUAAAUUUGUCCCCUGCGAGCCACAUGCUCAGUGUACCAAGGACAUAAUGUUCAGCAGGCAGAUAGUCGUACAUCUGUUCUACAGAACAGCACCUUUGAUAGCCCCCUCAUCUGUGCUAGUAUUUCUACCAGUUGUUUAUUAUUCCAUUUUGGAGUUUGGUCUUUGCUAGGUAAAAAAAUGGUGGGAGGGGGGAAGUGCAGUAUGCCUCAGUCUCCUUGCUCUACUGUCGAACUCGCACAGCUGCCCAACUCACUAGUUCAGGUGUAGGCAAACUCUGCCCUCCAGAUGUUUUGAGACUACAAUUCCCAUCACCCCUGACUGCUGGUCCUGUUAGCUAGGGAUUGUGGGAAUUGUAGUCCCAAAACAUCUAGUGGGCUGAGUUUGCCUAUGCCUGCACUAGUUACUUUGAUGCUGUGUUACUGAAGCCUGGCUGGCGCAUAAGCUGGGGCUCUCCUCUUGUUCCUAGAGAAUGUGACUUCAUGGGAAGAAAGUGAGCAUAGGAUCAACUGUGCUUUAUGGGAAAGUACAUCAUGUGGGAUUGAAGCUUGUUUCUCUGAAAUGGGGCUCAGCUACAAUACUUGUAGAAGCAUGCAACUUGGUCCGCGAGAGGACACUUUUUCUGAAGGGGCUGCACAAGUUUCAUUCUUAGUCUGGCCCCCAUUGGGCAGGCCCAUUACCUAGGAGUCGGAAUGCUGUGUGUUCUUUGCCCUUUGUGAUGGCAUUGUAGGCACUGGGAGCCGUCUUGAGUUCCAUUACUGAAAGCCAGUAAAGUAGGAACCCAUUGUUGGAUUUCACUAGCCAGAUGGGACUCCUGCUUCUGUUGCUUCUCCUCACAGAGAGAGGGUUGUCCAUGCCAAGUCUUCAAAGCAGGCUCAGUCCGUCUGUCCCAGAGGAAUUCUCUGCACCCCUGGAGCUCCAGCAGCAGCACUUUGGCCUGGUGGAUGAUUAUGGCAUUAAACCAAGGAUGCCCAACUUCCGGAGACACAUACAGCGGAAGGAAUCGGAAAAGCUGCAAAAAGCACACAAAAGCAAGCGGGAUGAGCCAAAUUUUGAGGAGUAUUAUUACGAUGACCUCCUUUGAGUCUCUUAAGGAAAUGCAAAUAGAGAUGCCACCUCUGAAGUGUACUUGCACCAACUAAUUGAUCUGUCACAGGCAGCAAAAGCCACUCAAACCCAAAUCAUCUAGUAAUGUACGAAGCGAGAUCUUCCCCUUCCUUUGCUCUUUCACACUUGCUUGCCUCUUCCCCAUCCCCACAGUUCUGUCUGCUCUAUGCAUCCAUCCUACAGGCAUGGGUGGCACUUGGCACUCAGCAGGGCAGUUGCAAGGUCUUGGCUCACAUCUCAUGUUUUAACUCUUAUGGGUGUUGAGCAAAGCUUGAAAACAUUUGAUGAGGACCAGAGAUGGGUGGGGUUUUUUUUGCUGCAGAGGCUGGGAUUGAGUUGGCCACAGCUUUCUGUUGCCAUUGUCUUCUCUCCCUCGCCACCCCUGUCGUGAGUCUUCUUAUUGUGAGUCCAAUAUUACUUCCCCUCUUGCCAAUACUUCUGUUUGCUCCCACUGCACAAUAAAAUUCCAGAUUCUAUGGAAGCUGACUACUAUGAGUUGAAUUGUAUAAUGUAAAUAUACAUACAGUUCCAUAUUUGACAAAAUUGAUUUCAU